CUUGGUUAGUCGGCCCACUCGUAUUCCUUGGGUGGCAUUUUACUAAGAAAAUUAGAUAUUUUCCGGGAAAAUGAGGUAUUAAUGGUCCGAAAGAAUCCGCCAUCUUAGAAUCUGCUCAUCCCCUGACUGACGCUACAGAACAGAAUCUUCAACAUUUCAUAGCUUAACUUUUGCUUAGCUUAACACCUAGGCUUUAUUAGGGUUGCAUCAUCUUCUCAUCUCACUCUUCACAUAAACUCUAGGGUUGUUGGUUUUUGAGAGCUGAGAGAGACACAGAAAUGGUGGGGAAGGACGUGAACAUCACCAGCGAGAAUCCUCUGGACCUGUUUCUGAAGAUCGGUUUGGACGAGCGAACAGCCAAGAACACCGUCGCUAACAAGAAGGUCACCGCAAAUCUCAUCGCCGUCAUUCACGAGGCAGCUGUAACUGAUGGGUGCGAUCGGGCCAUUGGGAAUCUCCUUUACACAGUUGCUACGAAGUUCCCAGCAAAUGCUCUUGUGCAUCGCCCAACACUUCUGCAAUAUAUUGUCUCAUUAAAGAUUAAAACUCCUGCCCAGCUAGAAGCUGCCUUUUCGUUUUUUGCAACUACUGGUUCAGAGAAUUUUAAGAUCAACGAGUUAGAAGAGGCUUGUGGUGUUGGUGUUGAGGUCUCUGAGGAUGAUAUCAAAUGUACAGUAACUGAGAUCAUCGAAGAGCACAAGAGUGUAAUUCUGGAGCUGCGCUAUAGAACAAAUGUUGGUGAAUUAUUUGGUCAUGUACGAAAGAGGCAGCCUUGGGCUGAUCCGAAGAUUGUCAAGCAACUCGUAGAUGCAAACUUAUAUGCAUUACUUGGGGAAAGAACUGCAGCAGAUGAUGAAAAGCCUAUUAAAAAGAAGAAGGAGAAGCCUGUUAAGGUUGAGGAAUGCACUACUGCUGUAGAUACUCCGCCAAAACCAUCUGAAGAAGAACUCAACCCCUAUUUAAUAUUCCCUUCACCAGAGGAAAACUAUAAGGUACAUACUGAAAUAUUUUUCAGUGACCGCCCUGUGCUGAGACCUUGCAAUACGAGGGAAAUGCUCGAAAAACAUCUGAAGGCAACAGGGGGGAAAGUAUUUACACGCUUUCCGCCAGAACCAAAUGGGUAUCUACAUAUUGGUCAUGCCAAGGCUAUGUUUAUUAAUUUUGGUUUGGCAAAAGAAAGAGGUGGAUGUUGCUAUCUAAGGUAUGAUGAUACAAACCCCGAAGCUGAAAAGAAAGAAUAUAUUGAUCAUAUAGAAGAGAUUGUGCGGUGGAUGGGCUGGGAACCUUUCAAGAUCACUUAUGCCAGUGAUUAUUUCCAAGACCUUUAUGAAUUGGCGGUGGAGCUAAUACGAAGGGGUCAUGCUUAUGUUGAUCAUCAGACACCUGAAGAAAUAAAGGAGUACAGGGAAAAAAGGAUGAACAGUCCUUGGAGGGAUAGACCAAUUGAAGAAUCACUAAAACUCUUUGAUGAUAUGAAACGGGGCAUAAUUGAAGAAGGCAAAGCAACACUGAGAAUGAAGCAGGACAUGCAAAGUGAUAAUUAUAAUAUGCACGAUCUCAUUGCAUAUCGUAUCAAGUUCACUCCUCAUCCACAUGCAGGGGAUGCGUGGUGUAUCUAUCCAAGUUAUGAUUAUGAACAUUGCACUGUGGAUUCUAUUGAGAAUGUUACACAUUCG